AUGGCCGGUAGAGACGAUCCAGGUAAAUUUUUUGUCGGAAACCUGAGCUGGGAAACCGAUAAUGACAGUUUGUGGCAAUACUUCAAUCAAUAUGGCACUGUCACUGAUGCUGUUGUGAUCAUAGAUAGACAAACAGGAAGGUCAAGAGGUUUUGGUUUUGUGACAUUCCAAGACCCAAGCCGUGUAUCCAGAGUCAUAGAUCAAGUACACAAGCUUGAUGGCAGAGAGAUUAAUGCCAGACCCUGCAAUAAAAGCUAGUGUUGACUGGAGUUAAAGAAGCUGUUUCAAAUACAUCAUACAGCUGACAUGGAUACAUCAUUUCAUAUUGGACAUCUUUUUGGGGGGGGAGGGGUCACAAUUCUCUGAGAGAAUAUCUUUGAUUUAACAUUUGUGUCGUGAAUUAUAUUUUGUUUUUAAAAAAGUUCAUUCAAUUUUUUAUACGCACAAGUUAAUAAAUCAUGUGUAAUUCUUGUCUUCAACUUAAAAUUAGUCAAGAGACACACUGUCUUGGCUAAAUGCUAGUCAAAUAGAGGACCCAAACUUCAUUAUCAUGUUUCGUUUUAUUGUAUUUUCAUUUGUUGUAUCAUUGCCUUCAGAAGUAAAGUAAAUGUAAAUAAA